UGGGAACUCCAAGCUCUCUUUUUCUUCUUCACCCAAAACUCUUUCUCCACGUUUCUAUUUGGCAAUGGGAAACAGAGGCUGUUUUGGCAACAACAGCACAAGAGUCCAGGAAAUACUCUUCCAGUACUUAAUACUCUUCCAGUACUUAAACACUAUUAUUUGAUUCAGCAGAGAAGUCCUUUACACGUCAUCAAGUUAUGAGUGAAGCUCCAAGAGUGAAGCUGAAAAGGAGGGAAAUAACUGAAUAAAGUCUGAAGGCAGUAAAGAUCCAACGUUGAAUGCCGUGAGUGCGGCCCGCAAAAGACCAAAAAAAAAAAAAAAAAAUCCAACGUUGAGUUUCAGAAUUUCACUAUUUCAUUUUACUUAAUUCUGAACAUAAAGGAAAAUCGGCUAACAUUCGGGUCAGAACUAUACUCCUCUGUCAACGGCACUGGGGUGAGCCACGGAGUCGCUGAGGGGGCUAGAAAUCAAGCAUUUAUCCAUAGACCGAUUUUGCAGCACUAAGCUUAGCGACAGAAUUAUUAAAGCCCACCCUAGAUUUUGCAGGGCAAACCGAGGUUACCGCCGCCUGGAAUUUCCAAUAACGAACUGCAGCAUCGUUAUUCCCCCGCCCCGCCCCUCCCCUCGUACACACACACACCUUCUUUCUAAGAGUCGGUGCAGACCGUGAACUCGUGCAGACCGUGAACUCGGCACCGAGCGGCGUCCGGGCCCCGGGGAGCUGGCGGGGGCGGGAGCAGACGGGCCGCGAGGCGCCUUUCCCAGAGCCGCCGCCAGGGCGCGCGCGCGAGACGCCCGGCAGCUUCGCGCUUUGGCCCCCCGCGCGGCCCGUCGCCUGGCGCCGCGGCGGGAAAAUCGGACCGUGCCUUCACGGCCGCCGCCUUUUUCUGUUCUCGCGCGCCUGCCAGGGUCGGCCCGCUGUGAUGAUGGAAGAAGAGGAAGGGGCCGAGGAGCAGCAGCGAUUCUCUUACCGACAGAGGCUGAAGGCAGCAGUUCACUACACCGUUGGCUGUCUUUGCGAGGAAGUGGCGUCGGACAAAGACAUGCCAUUCAGCAAACAAACCAUUGCGGCGAUUUCGGAGGUGACCUUUCGACAGUGCGAAAAUUUUGCCAAAGACCUUGAAAUGUUUGCCAGAACUGGAGUUAUUCAGUUCCAGCUGAAAAAGCUAUGCAUCGCUUUUGUCUGCAGGACUCUGAAUGCGCGUGAUGUGUGUGCUUUUAAGACUGUUUCUGCAGGUGAUACGCCCUCUGGCCCCGUGUCCGGGCGGAAGCUCACAGAUGCAGGGAUAAUUCAGCCGCUUCCCCCGCAGGCUUGCAUUUGCUGGGCUCGUCAGUCACGAGUGAGACACACACUCCGUGAAAAGUGGGGGGCUUUGCUUUCAGUGGGUAAAGCUUUAGCUUUUACAGCUGAUUUAUGCUCCUCUCUUCAAUUAGCACCGCAGGUAAUUGAAAACAGUUGCCGUGAUUGCUUUUACGCAGCAGUUUGGAUGACGAGGCCCUGAAAGGGCCAAAGCGGUCUACUUGGCUCCCACUUCGGGUUGGGCGCCAGCCUCUCCCACACCCCAUCCUUUUCACCUUGCUGCUUUAGCUCUUUGUUUCUCGGUUGAAGAGUUUGGAUGAAUUAAAGCAGUAGGGUCUCAGAAGACAGGCUGUAAAUCUUUCCUCUUCCUGUGUACAUGAGCCCCUGAAAACCGCUUAGCGUCUCCAACUUGGUCCAAAGGGGUAAGGGUAAUAUAUGGGGUACUGAAGGCUCUUGUGUCCUAUCAUCGUUAAUUCAGGUGGUGGCCCCUUCCCUGCACCCCAGGAGCCCCCCCACCCCCCGUCUCCCGUGAAAUACAUCACUACCUUUAGUUGCUAUUUCUUUCUUUUCUUUCUUUUUUAUUUGAAAAUAUACCUAUGACUCCGUUAUAUUACAAAGGAAGACACAAAAACGUAAAUAAGUAGACAAAUGGUUAUUGGAUUUGAACACAGAGUUUAUUAACAUAGAUUCUGGGUUUUUCCACCUCAGCACUGUUGACACAGGUAGUUCCUUGUGCUGCUGGGAACCGUCCUGUGUGUUGUAGGGUGUCCGGUGGCACCCCCGGGUCUCUACCUGCUAGGUGCCAGUAGCACACCCUGUUGUGACUUCUCGUGUUCUGUGUUAGCUGUGGGAAGAGUCAAUGAAAAAUUUAAAUACUUCUAGAAAUAAAAACGAAAUUAGAAAUAUUUAGCAUUAUAACACUUAUUUCAGGCCAGGGCUCAAAAUGGAGCUACAGCUGAGGCCUAAGCCACAGCUACAGUCACACUGAAUCUGAGCCACAUAUGUGACCUAUGCCGCAGCUUGUGGCAACACCAGAUCUUUAAUCCACCGAUCGAGGCCAGGGAUCGAACCCGAUUCCUCACAGAGACAAUAUUGGGCCUUUAACCCGCUAAGCCGCAACAGGAAGGCCUCCUCUCUGUUCCGUCAAUAUCCUUUUGUCCUGGGGCCGAGUGGGGUGUGUGUGUCACUUACACUGUACGUUCCCCGAGGAAGGACGUCGCCUUCUAAGUAACGGGUUAGUGUCAAGACUGUCAGCCGAUGUUCUCGAGGGGGCACUGUGGGAGGCUUAUUGAGAGACCCUCUCGUCUUCUGUGUGCCUAGGUAAGUGCACCAGCGUUCCUCACACUACCUCCUAAGAUCCCCAAGUGAACACAAGCAUAGAUUUUCUUUGAAGACUCAUCCUUUGUCUUAAUUUUACAUUUGUUUUCAAAGUAUUCCAGUUUGCUCUCAUAUAAAAAAAAAAUCCUGUAUUAAAAUUGAUGUUCCCCGGGAGUUCCCAUCGUG